UGAAGAGCUUUCAAAAUUCUCAACUGCGCUUUCAAGUGAGCGAGCAGACGCAUGUCGCGUAUCAGGACCACCCUCGACAGCGUCACCAAGGCAGUCGGAAGCGCCGACCUCAUGUCCAAGUUCUCCCGCCUCAAGCCCGGCAGCACCGCAGUCGACAGCGCUCAGUCGGAAAAGGCCCUUGCCAAAGCUGAGAGCGUGGCCUCCAACAACACGGCCGCGGCCCCACCGUCCGCAACCGCCAUGGAAGAAGAAGAGGAAAGGGAGAGAGUUACAGCAGAGGAAGAGCACGUUGCGGAAAACCCUUUUGUCGUCACGAUGAAGUCGCCAUCUAGUCUAGCUUCAGCGGCGACCGCGUCUGCAACAAGCGCUUCCUCUACUGUGGCAAAACAAACUAUGCAGCUGUUUCACCCGGCAGCUCUGUCCACCAACAUGGAUGAGACCUACAGAACUCUGGCUCUGCAUAUCAAUAACUACUUUGGCACGAGUUCACCAGUUGAAGAAGAAGAAGAAGAAGAAGACAACAGGCCACCAAUACAUCAGGACAGAGGAGCUGAUGAUCCAGAGUCUGAGUCCAUUCUUAGCUGCAUUCCUAAAAAGACUGGGGACCACAUUCCUAUUUUGUCUCCAGUGGCAGAGGCCAAAAGUAUUGACGCACCCGCCACAUCUCCUCCUCCUUCAGAAAAGCAAAGUUCUCCAACGGACACCUCUGCGUCUGAAAGUGCACCGCAGUCCAUCCCCAUCCCCGCACCCGCUGCCUCCCCUAAAAAAGGCUUCAGCCAUUAUCUCUCCUACCCUCGCCCCAGUGUUCAGGCGUUUGUCGGCAGCUACAUCACGCCCCUGGUCCCCAAAUUCCGAAGUGAAUCCAAAAGCGCGGCGGCUGAAAAAGAAAAGUCGUUGGCAGUGACUGAGGAGGAGUCCGCCACGGAAAAGGAAAGAAACAAGACGGACAUUGAAGAGGAGGAAGCGAAAAAAGCAAAGCAACAGCUCUUGAGUCAAAGAGAGAAGAUAAUAGCCAGGGUGAGUGUAGACAACAGGACGAGAGCUCUGGUGAAAGGCCUGCAGAGAGUCACCGAAGUCAAACUCCUCAUCAGUCGAGUGGAGGAGCUCAGCUGUCACCUUACGGAGUUCCCUGAGACACGAGGUGUCGCAAUCAAGGAGAGUGUGUUGCCCUCCCUGCUGCGUUUGCGCCAAGCCAAAGACCUCCCUCUCCAGUCAGCGGUGAGAGAGGCGCUGGCCCUGGUUGGCUACAAUGAGCCAGUGAAAGGCCGAGGGAUUCGGGUACUCGCUAUUGAUGGAGGCGGAACAAGGGGACUACUGGCCCUGCAAACGCUGCAAAAACUGCAGAACAUGACGGGCAAACCAGUCCACCAGCUGUUCGACUACAUCUGUGGAGUCAGCACAGGUGCCAUUUUGGCCUUCAUGCUGGGAAUCUAUCAGAUCCCCUUAGAGGAGUGUCAGGAGAUGUACAGGAAGCUGGGUGCAGACGUCUUCAAACAAAAUGUCAUCGUUGGAACCGUUAAAAUGGGCUGGAGUCACGCCUUUUAUGACAGUGAAAUAUGGGAAAACAUCCUCAAGGAAAGGAUGGGUGAGGGGAUUAUGAUUGAGAGUGCCAGGGACCCAAACUGUCCUAAAGUGUCAGCAGUGAGUGCCAUUGUGAACAGGGGUUUACCGCUGAAGGGCUACGUGUUUAGGAACUACAGACUCAUGCCAGGAGUGAGAUCCCACUACCUUGGAGACUGCAAACACAAAAUGUGGCAGGCUAUCAGGGCCUCGUCUGCCGCCCCGGGAUACUUCCAGGAAUUUGUGCUGGGAAAAGAUCUCCAUCAGGAUGGAGGACUCUUAAUAAACAACCCCACAGCGUUGGCCAUCCAUGAGUGUAAGUGUCUGUGGCCCAACACCCCGCUGCAGUGUGUGUUGUCUCUGGGCACUGGGCGGUACGAGACGGCCGGCAAGAACGGCACCACUUACACCAGUCUCAAGGCCAAGCUCACCAACGUCAUCAGCAGCGCCACAGACACAGAAGAGGUGCACACCAUGCUAGACGCCCUGCUGCCCCCGGACACCUACUUCCGCUUCAACCCCUACAUGUCCGAGGACAUCCCGUUGAACGAGAACCGCCCGGAGAAGCUGAACUUCCUCAAGAGCGAGGGCGAGCGCUACCUCGAGCGCAACGAGGCCAAGCUGAGGAAGGCGGCCAGCGUGCUCGGGCAGCAGAAGAGCACCAUCCAGAGGGUGGCAGAGUGGGCCAAGCUCAAGGCCGACAUGUACGAGGGGCUGCCCUUCGUAUCCAAGCUGUAGGUGAUGCAGUGGCAGCACAUGAGUGACCACAAGGGAAGUGGUUUUUUUUUUAAGGUAAGAAGACAUGGAGUGAAAAAUCUGAUGGGUUAAGUGCUGAAAGGGGAUUAAACUGGACACUUGUUUUAAGAAUCUCGUGAGGUAACUUUGAAAGAAAUUCUUUGUUCUCACAGUUUCAUUAUCAUCUACCGAAAACUGAAAAGACUUAAAAAGAUUUAGUUGUGUUUAAAAAAAGAUGUUUAUAUAAAGUAAGUAAGAGGGUCAAUGAAUGACGGAGACAGAAUGAUUUACUUUGAGAAGAAUUCAGAAGGUUUGAACAGAGUUUGAUUAACAGAAAGACAAAGUAUGUUGUCAUAAAUAUAUGUAUUUUAAGCUGGUUAUGGAACGCACAAGAAGAAGUGUAGCACUGAUGCAUGACUUUACAAAAAAAAAAGAUAUAGAAGAAAAACUAGAAGUAGAAGCGACGCUGCUGUUCCUUUACAUUUCACUAACUUGAAUCCAUGACGAUUGCACAGGAAGAGGAGAAACUGCCUGAUUUUUAACACUGUACAGAAGACUGACCUCAUGCACUUUGUAAAGCAGGACUCUUAAACAAGGAAAUGUAAAUAAUAUUUGAAGUAAUUUAUUGGAGUGUUGGAGAUUAAUUGAAGAACAUGAUGAAAUCAGUAUUUCACUGACAUAUACUGACAUGAACUGUGCAACCACACUGACAUCUCUUUUCAUACUCAAUAUGAAAGUAUCAGGAUGUGCUGCUUGUUGUCCAUGUGGUGAAAAGCAUGUGUUUUUUUUUUUAUUGUGCCCAUGAUAUGAAGCUUACAAAGCUUUUGCCUUUAACUUUGCUCAAGCCUGAACUCCUCAGCCUGGAUACUCUUUUUCAUUUUGAGAAUCCCCGUUGUCCUUAUUCCUCCCACUCUGUUGCUUCAUGGAUUGCAAACGAAAGGAAAUUUCAUGAAACAAUAAAAUCUUGUUUUUUUAAACAUU